CAUUGACCAUGAGACUGCGGAGCAUGCAAACGAACAACGGUACCGUCACCUGGACCCUCAUUCAUGGCGCUGAGCACCGGAGUAUGUCUCGCAUCGGACUGUUCACCUUAGCUCGGCUCGUAACCUAUCUGUUCGCUUCGAAGAAGCUCCGCAAGGAAACCAAUCAAAUGAGCAAAUUUAACUGCUUCCCAAUACCGUCCGUGUAACUGCUCUCGCCACGAAAGGGUGCCCGGACCAGU